GUCGUGCUUCAGAUUGCUAGUUUGAUAUCAGUCGUGUUGGGUGAUUGUUAACAAAAACAAAUGAGCAUUAAUCAUUCCAAUUUAAUCCCACGCUUAACUACACAAACGUAACAAUAGUGUUUCCCUGUGUGUGGAGGGUCCGUUCUGACGUCCUCUCUCGGUAUCGAUUCUCUAGGAUCUCGAAGGACAUCCGAUAGUCCGCCCAUGUGUAACCCGCAUUUCAUCCUCAGGUCGUUAUACCGUCAUUGCAUUGUUAUUGUCGUGCAAUAUCUAUUUGCGAAUCAUAUCGAUGCUAAUCUCACUAUUCGUCCCUCGUCGGAUUAUUCAUCAUUUGCGUUAAUUAAUUGCAAUCAUCUAAUCAUAUUGUCGCUUUUGUUUUUUGAAUGAAUUACAUUGCAUCACCCAUAUAAGACAUCUGUUUUUUAAUAAUAUUUUAAGAUUCCUCUACUUACCGAUACCAUCAGUUCUUGGAGAAUAUUGUAUUAAUAAAUUAAAUAAAAUAUUACUCAAAAAAUGUUAUAAUACUAUCACUAAAAAAUUAAGUAGUGAAUAGAAAUCUUGGGUUUAUUGGAUUACAUAAAAUAAAUUGAUUAAUAUGUCUUAUCGAUAAAUCAGCUUAUUAAUUACAUCAGGAUUACCUUAAUGUCAAUCGAUUCAUAAAAUUCUAACGGAAUGUUCUUUUCUCUUUCCGUAGCACCACAAUAAGAAGACGUAUCUAUAUUGAUAACGAGGACAUAAGCCGAGUUAACGAUUUUAUCUCAGGUAUCACAAGACCAUUCCCAACGAAACUGUCGCUACAUGCCAUUCAACGGAGUUCGCGUAUUACCAGAUAUACUGAUAGAUAUGCCAAACCUAGAGAAUUUGAUUCGCGAAUUUGAGAAAGGUCUUACAUCGACAUCGGAGGGUCGCAAGAAUGUCGCUUCGCAGUCGCCAACUUCGAGCAACGGCCGAAUUGUCAAGAAGAUUGUUGAGGCGUACGAGUUGCGGGCUAUCGAGAACGCUCAACGGAAGCAGGCCGAGAGAAGGUCUAGCUUCGUUAACACUCUCGGGAACGCCUGUAAUCGAAGAACGUUCGGCGGUUCGACUCCCACGAUACAUCACAAGUCCGCUGACAGUUCGCAAAAGCGGGAUAGCCUUGACAAGAACUUUAGAGUAUUCUCUGUCCCCAAUAUUGAUACUCAGGUGCGUGACGAAAUAGACUCUGUAGCGACCAAUCAAUAUCAUUUGAACGCCAAAGAAAAGAAAGCUCUGGUAUGGCGAAAAGUGUUGCCCAACUUGUAUGACUCCAAGAACGAGCGGACGAAGAUGCGGCUGAAUUCCCCGAAGAAGAGUGAGAAUCUGAAUAAAAGGGAUCGGAUUUUUUGUACUCCUUCGAAGAGCGAGCGCGGAAAUAAAUCUAAGGCUAAAUGCCGCUCGAGUCCUCUGCUGGACAACGAAGACAAAGAUAAAGAUUGCGGGGACUUACUUUAUGACAUCUUGACAAACUCCUGCACCUCCAGCAAUUCCAGUAACAGCAGUUACAAAAACUUGCGGAUCAAUCUGUACGAGGGCGACGAAUGGCAGCGCAAAUCUUCGACGUCAUUGCAGAAGUCUUCGUCGUUGUGCGAUGAAGCGACAUCGGACACCAGUCGCACCAACGACAGUUCCCUACUGGACUUGUCCUUCCAAAGCACUUCCAAAGACACUAUCACCUCUGGAGAUGUAUCGAAUGAUCUGAGCAAUUUUCAAAGCGCGGAACCGAUAAUGAGACUGUCAGGUGUCUCCAAUCACAAUCAGAAACCACGAGUUGUCGGUGCAUUCCUGAAACUGCCGAUGAGGAUCAACAAUACAAACGUGACGUGGAUACCGACGCUGAAUGGCAAACUACCGCGGAAAAAUUCGCUGAAGAAACUGAUAUCGGUGUUCACCAACAGACGCAAGAGGAUGGAAAAACAAUCGAAGAAGUACUCGAAGAAGCAACAGCGCACUUACGAUUUGGAAUCCGAGCAAUGCUCGUCAUCUUCUUCCUCACGAAAGUCCUGGUACUCCGAGCCUGACACCUCUAUCGACCGUCCAUCCAUAUCACCAACUUUCGAAACCUUUGGUCGUACGUACAGACCCGAUCUUUAUCACGCUAACAGAACCAACAAGAGUCGUAUAGUACUGACCGAACUGCCCCGCGAAGAUCUUACGACGGAUCUUGGGUCUUCUAAAUUGACCUCCCAGAUACCUGUAGUUAGUGUAGAUCAUGUAUCAUCCUCGAGCCAAGUAAACCGCCGGAAUGUCGAUCCUACGUCAGAAACAGCGACCGUGGCGAGUUCUCCGAGAUCGAAGAUGUCCUACGAACACUUGUCGCUUCCUAAGCAUCAUUUGUCCCAAAAUAAAGUAUUCAAGCAUCCCUUUGUCGCGCAAACGAAGUUAGAUCAGUUAAACGAGAAGACGACGGCAACAAUGAAGAAGGACGUAAAACAGAAAGCGAAGAUUAAGAAAAAAUCUGAUGCAUCCGAAUUGGAAUCUUCAAUUGCAUCGUCGGUAUUCGCAUCAUCAUCCAUGUCUACAUCGUUGAACAUUUCGUCCCCCAGGGUAUCUGAGUGGGUGGCUUCGUCUCCGAACAACAUUUACGAUGUGCCAAGACGGUCGAAUGCGAGCAAAUCAAUGAACGCGCUUAAUGAGAUCCUUCCUCAAGUACCACAGAUCUACGACAUUCCCAGGUCAAAAUCCGAUCAAUUCACGAGUCGUUCCCCGACCGUCAACGUGCGAAGCAAAACCUACCCUCGUUAUGCCACCAUCAGCUUAAAGAACUUGAGGCGCUUACUAUCUCAAGAGAAAUUACAAACGUUGGGAAAUAGCAUCGAUGUCUGAAAAGGCACCGGAAGAAGUUUUGACCAGGUUUACAAGGAUUGAUCGAAUUUGACGAAUUAAUAGAAUUUACAGUCAUGUUGACGAUGAUUUUGAUUUAUGCACAAUUCGCAACAUCUGUUACUGAAAUGGCCGAACAGUUACGUACACAUUGACACAUACGAAUUUGCCACGUCUAUCUACUGACAUAUAUUAAUUAAUUGAAACUUCGUAAAACACUAUCCGUAUAAUUUUCUGAAAGAAUUUUUUAGUCAUCGAAAUCGGUGCUGUAAGUUAUAACGAUGUGUACAAUUAUUCUAGUUAGCAGGAUUCUAUUCCGAUUUUUCAAUUGACAAACAAUCCCGCUUAACAGUGACAAAAUCUAUAUUUAGAUUUCUAUGACGACACUCAACGAAGUUGAAUCCCGUUGAAUCUAUUUCGCGUUUCGAUGACUAUGCUGUUUUUGUGUAAUUAAAACGCUGUUAAUAUAUUAUGUUAAUUAAAACCGCGUAUUAGAUAUUAAAAAUGAAAGUCACACGCGUCUCGUUUAUUUAUUUCUGGUGACGUCAGCACGAGCACGCGGAACAAUUUUUACCGAAGAGAAACUCACUGAUAAUGUUAUUCGCGAUUUUAUUUUUCCAAAAUUCUCUAUUUGAAAUUUGCGAGGUCGUACGUUCUGCACGAGUGUUUUAAAACUAGCAUCUCAAACAGAUUUAUUUGUUUGAUUAUCUCCUUGUUUUCACCGUUUUAAAAUAUUAUUUAAUUUAGUCAUCUUUUCUCUCUGUUGCAUUGCACAGAGGAAAAAGGAACUUGAUAUUCUCGAACAUUUGCUCGUCUGUCUCUGAAUUUAUGAAAUUGCUGGUUUCCGUUCUGUGACAGACUCACGAUUAUCACAAAAAUCCCGUUCGUUUCUUGCGAAAUGACAUACAGAGAUUGUGCGAAAGCUUUGAUAAGGAAAGGCGAUAUCAUGUAACAUCUACUCUUAUUGACGAAAAGUCGAGGCUUCUCGAGUCCCUCAUAUUUCUCGCAGAAAUGUCAAAGGAGAUCUCGAGCAGCGUCAAACGGAUUGUCAUGUGUACGGCAGCAAUUUCGUAGAUACUUCACACAGAUAUUUGAUAUUAUUGAUUCGAGGUAUAUCGUUUUUUCAUUAUAGUUAAGAAUAUUUUGAUUAUAAUUAUACAUGAAAUUUGCUACGCGUAUUGAUGCGGAUUAUUAUAUUGACGCGUAAUGAUUCAAAGAAUUAAUACAGUUUUAAAUAAUAUAACAUUUUUAUAAUUUCUUCCUGUAUUUUUUAUAUCUUUAUAUUUUUAUAUUUAUAAAUCAACGUAUAUUCUCUUAUUCUAUAAGAUGUCUGUUUUGCUAUUUUUGUUCCAAUAAACGAACUACGUCAGAUUUUAA